CCCCCAUUUUCCCAUCCUGUGUGUGAUGAGGCAUCACAAUGGGCGAACAAUGUGCCUUCGGAGCGAGGUUCACUGCUUCCCGAUGGCUCGACUCCAACCGCGGCCAAGGCCAAGAGCAGCGCGGGGACCUCCGCAGAAAGACCGGCUGGAAGGAGCAUGAAAGAAAGCGAGUGCGGGGGAGGUGCGGCAGGAUGCGGGGCGCACUGCCUGUGAGUGGACUGCAGACCCUGCUGGUCCUCCUCCUGCUUCAGACCGCAGGCGAAGCCCACGUUGACACCCUGGUGAACAUGCGCAAGGUGACCCAUCAGACCAUCAGCGAGGAGCUGUCCCAAACCGUUCUCCUCCCCUGCCUCUUCACCCUCCGCCCCGGGGCCGGGUCGUCCCACGAGCCCCCCAGGAUCAAGUGGACCAAGGUCUGGGGCCAGAGGGGCUCCGACGGCCUGCAGAAGGAACAGCCGGUGCUGGUGGCCAAAGACAACGUGGUCAAGGUGAAGAAGGCCUUCCAGGGUCGCGUCACGCUGCCCGGUUACAACAGGAACCGCUACAACGCCAGCCUGGCUCUGUCGGGGCUGCGCUCCAGCGACGCCGGGCUGUACCGCUGCGAGGUAGUGGUGGGCAUCAGCGACGAGCAGGACACCGUCCCCCUGGAGGUCACAGGUGUGCUGUUCCACUACCGGGCCCCCGACGACCGCUACGCCCUGUCCUUCGCCGACGCCAAGAGGGUGUGCCUGGAGAACUCGGCCGUCAUAGCGACCCCGGGUCAGCUGCAGGCCGCCUUCGCCGACGGAUACGACAACUGUGACGCCGGCUGGCUGUCCGACCAGACCGUGCGGUAUCCCAUCCAGUCGCCUCGGCCCGGUUGCUAUGGGGAUCGCGAGGACUCACCCGGAGUCCGUAACUACGGCGACAGGUCCCCCGAUGAGCUGUUUGAUGUCUACUGCUUCGCCAAGCAGCUUCAAGGCGAAGUCUUCCACUCCUCAGUGCCAGAGAAGCUGAGCCUGGCCACGGCCUCCACCCACUGCCACUCCCUGGGCGCCCAGCUGGCCACCGUCGGGCAGCUCUACCUCGCCUGGCAGGCCGGCCUGGACCAGUGCGACCCCGGCUGGCUCGCCGACGGCAGCUCCCGCUACCCCAUCAACGUCCCGAGGAAGAACUGCGGCGGGGACGAGCCCGGGGUGCGGACCGUGUACAACAACCCCAACCGCACCGGCUUCCCCGACACCGCGGCCCUGUACGACGCCUUCUGUUACCGAGCCCACCGGCUGGCGGGGGUCCGGGCUGCGGAGCCUCAGGUGUUGAACCCAGCAGCAGAGCCCGCCUCCUCCUCCUCCUCCUCCUCCUCCUCCUCCUCCGUCUCCGACGCCGAGCGCCUGGACCCUUUUCCGGAGACUUCCGACUGGACCGGCCUGGUCGACUUGGACGGCGCGGGAGUCCGAUCCAUCGCCGGGAUCGACAACUCCUCCGAGACCUCCGAAGAGCACGUCGUCAUCCACCUAAAGCCGGAGGAGGGCUGGGGGGGGAAACUGGAGGAGUUCAAUGACACAAAGGGCGGCAACACCACCACGGGCCUCGCCGACCCGGAGAGACACGGAGGUUCAGCUCACGAGGUAGAAGAAGAAGAAGAAGAAGACGGCGACGGCGGCUUUUUCGGAUCCUCCCCCGCGUUCUCACCCGCCCCCUCUUCCACCCCCCAGUCCCACACCAGUAACAGCGUGUUGGCUGAGUUUGUCAACGCGCUGAUGAAGCCCUUCAGGUACUGGAGAGGAGGCGAGGGGGUGGAGGACACGGAGCGGGGGCCGGCAGUGGAAUCGGCAGAGAACCAGACGCAGGGAGAAGCCUCGGGUUUACCCAAACCAAGCGUGGACAACGGCGGCGUGGACAACGCCAUCGCGCAGCGCGGCGGCGGGAGUUCCUCCUACAGGACUCCCGCCGGCGGGCCGCGGCGUCCCGAGGACGGCCUGUCCGAGCAGGAGAAAGAGGUGAUGCCGCUGAUUCGAUUGGCGCCUGCGGUCCAAAGCGCACGGCGGCAGGACACCGACACUGGGCCGGGAGAAAGAGCCUCCAACGCGUCCGCGGCCGCCGACCCUCCGCCCGACGGGUCUCUGGCGAUGGAGGGGAGCAGCGACGGGAGCAGCUUUCCCGGCGGAUUUGGUUCAAAAGCCAAAAGCAGCCCUGAAGUGAAGCCCUCGCUCGUCCCGAGCCCCACCCAGCCGGUGACGGUGGGGGAGCUCACCUCGCCGUCCCAGUGGCAGCUGGUGCAGCAGCCCACCACCCCACCCGGGGGCCCCUUGGAGCCGGAGCCGGCAGAGGAAGCCAGGGGAGAGAUCCUCUACGUCCGCGGGCCCACCCACGACCCCGCCCACGACCCCACCUCGCCGCCCUCGCCCGGAGAAGGAAGUACUUCAGACUCGGCGCUCAGCGCCGGUUUUAAGAAGUACGGCGAAAGCACCAGCCGAGUGGAGGCGCCCACUUCCGCCCCCGGGGUCCUGACGGAGGCGCUGACCACCCCCGCAGCGACCGCGGCGGAGCUUCAGACGACCGGAGGCGCACGCAGGACGGACCCUACCGCCGCGACGACCCCACCGGGGAACCCCCCGGAGAGCGCCACCACCGAGGAGGCGUCCAUCUCCAUCUCGUGGGUGCAGGAGGAGCGGGAGAAAACGACACGCGACCUCUCAGCUGCUCCGGCUCUCAGCACCUCGGGCGCUGUUUGGUUGACCACCGCUGCGUCGGGCUCCAACGCCGCCGCCGCCGCCGCCACGGAAAUGGAAUCCCGGUCGGCGGUGUCCGAGUCCUUCGUGGUGGGGAGCCGGUGGACGCCGUUCAAGAGCGCCAGCCCGAAGUCGGAGGACCACGAAGCGCCGGUGUCGAAAGAAGCGAGCAACCCUUUCGGGAGCGUCGAGCCCAACUGGGCCUUCGGGUUCAUCCAAUCAGUGGAGGACAACCCGUGUCAGACCAACCCGUGUCUCCACGGAGGCAGCUGCCUGCAGGAAGGGGACGGCUACAGCUGCUACUGUCCUCAGGGCUUCUCCGGAGAGAGCUGCGAGAUCGACAUCGACGACUGCCAGUCUAAUCCAUGCCAGAAUGGAGGAACCUGCAUCGACGAGAUCAGCUCCUUCGUGUGCCUUUGUCUGCCCAGCUACGGGGGGGCCACCUGUGAGAAAGACACGGAGGGUUGCGAGCACUCGUGGAGGAAGUUCCACGGCCACUGCUACAGGUACUUCAGCCGGAGGCACACCUGGGAGGACGCCGAGAAGGACUGCAGGGAGCACAGCGGACACCUGGCCAGCGUCCACAGCCCGGCUGAGCAGAACUUCAUCAGAGGGCUCAGCCAUGACAACCCCUGGAACGGGUUAAACGACCGCACGGUGGAGGACGACUUCCAGUGGACCCACAAGAUGGACCUGCAAUAUGAGAACUGGCGGGAAAACCAGCCGGACAAUUUCUUCGCCGGAGGGGAAGACUGCGUGGUGAUGAUCGCUCACGAGAACGGCAGAUGGAACGACGUGCCGUGCAACUACAACCUGCCCUACGUCUGCAAGAAGGGAACAGUGCUUUGUGGAGCCCCGCCCACCGUGGACAACGCCUUCCUGAUUGGUCGUCAGCGCUCCCACUACGACAUCCACUCCGUGGCUCGCUACCAGUGCGCCGACGGCUUCCUGCAGCGCCACGUGCCCACCGCCAAGUGUCGCGCCAACGGCAAGUGGGACCGGCCUAAAAUCAUCUGCAUAAAAUCCCGACGGGCCCACCGCUACCGGCGCCACCACCACAAGGGCCGGAGGGAGCGCAGGAAGCACAAGAGGCACGGCCACAGAGAGGGGGGGCGCCACGGAGGGGAGCUGGGCCACAGCCACGCCCACGUCUGAACCAAAAAAGAAGAGAAAAUAAUGAUAAACGCCCUCUUUUCCCCCCCGUCCUUUCCUCCGCUGCCAACUUCCUGUCCCCCCCCCCUCCCCCGUCCCUCUCCACUCCUCGUCGCCCCCCCCCCCCCUCGAAACUCCCACUUUGACAGCUUACAACUCAAAACUCUCAGCCCGAGGCCCCGCCUCUGUCCUUAGCCACGCCCCACCCGUAGCCCCGCCCCCUGGCUCCCACGAGUCAGUCUGUACCAUAACGCCGUAGGCCAGGUGUCCCCGGGACAACCUGUCCCCCCCCCCCCCCCCCCCACCACACCUCCCUCCGAGCUCAACAACCACCUGAAACACGGGGCUACGCCGACCUGACAGAGAGAACUUGAGAUCCACGCCGGACGCCGUUUCGGGGAGAACAAACCACGAGAAGAGACGACGUGACUGAAAGUCCGUGUUGUUGACUUGAGCCUUUUAUUACUUUAUUUUCUACAAACACUCUGUGUUUAUUUGUUUGGUUUUGCUUUUUUAUAAGACACUGUACUUGACUUUAACGCGACUUAUUCUCAAACAGGUUUGAUUGAUUUUUUGUUGUAAUUGAACUAUUUGAUUGUUAGCGUUGUAUCUUCUUGUCAUUGUGAGUUACUUUAGAUCAGAUACGAAAAAAAAGAAAAGAGAAAAAAAAAACAGGAGAAAUGUGAAGAAAAACCCCCCCCACGACAUUUCAUCACGUCACCCGUCAGUCACUUUUGUGUCAAACCGUCUCAAACAGACAUCCGUCCCUUCAUCCAGGAGAGCAAAGCCCGUCCUCGCCUCGGCAAUCCCACGUCCGCUUUGUCUUUCCUUGUAGUUUUGUGUCUUUGAUGUUUUGUUCAAUCGCUAAACUCGACCUUUUCAAUAAAUUAUGGCACAUAAAAUAUCGCUUGACCUCAUUAGCGGACCAUGGAGGUAAUAAAUUGGCCUCGACCACUUUGAGCCGACGGGUGGUUUUGGAUUCAGACUCGAUCACAACAACAAAGAAGAAGCAUUUUAAGACAGGAGGGGGGGGGGGGGGGGGGGCUCUCUCAUCUCGGGGUCGGCAGAGAUUAAGGCCUCUGAGUCUUCGCCGUGUUCGGCUCUCGGGGGGGUUUUCAGGCGGAUGGAAGGAGCCAUUUUCUCUCUUUUCUCUCCCUUUCACUGCUUAAAGUGGUGUUUGUUUGUUUUAAGCCGACACUGGCGAGGUUUCAUCCGUUACGUUUCCCCUCUGUAGGUUCUCGCUCCGUCUCCCAUCACCUCCUCCCUCCUCGGUGCUUCUCGCCGUCGCUCUCUUCUUUUUUUAUUUUUAUUAAUUUAAGUACUGAAGGAGCUCCGGCAGCCUCAAAACCACCACUUAAGUACAAUGGGGUUGUAUAAAGCCACGUGAGGUAGGAGGAUCCAUCCUCUGCACCCUAAUUCUCUGCCUGUGUUUGUGUCCUCUCACCUUGGCAAUGACAACACGCGCAGAAAGUGAACCCACACCUCUGUAUCAGUUUAAUUAAUCUCCCGCGUGCCUAAUUAACAAGUUGCGUUAUCUGCGGCGCCGCGACGCCGCGGCGAGGUUCCAGGCUGACGGGCGGCACGGUGGCAGGUCCGGGGUGACGGACGCGGGGACCCGGAGAACUGUCUCAGCUGUCAAAACCCUGUCGCGUCUCACAUCUCGGCGGCCCCCGUCUCUUUCGAUCUGUCCGGGGGAAGACGGAUCGAGUGCAAGGUGCAUGAAUAAAAAGGGAAAAGCACAGAUCAGAGGACCGCCGCCGAAUCCAAUUCGGAGUUGAUGUCCAGCGACAGCGUAAUUACAGCCGUGUGAAAGUUCAGCCGUGUGACGGGAGUUUAAAAACUUUCCCCGAAAUGAUGAAGAGAGGAACUGAAGAGCCGAGAGCACGAGAAAGAAAAAGAAGACUUCAUUAAUUGAGUCGGAAGCAGCGCGUCGGCCUCCUGGGGAGUGAUGGCGCCUUCAACCGCUUCAACCAGUGUAGCAAUGGUGGAAUUAGCAAGCUAGCUAGGUAGCUAGCGAGCUAACAAGCCAGCCUCCAUUUAGUAAAACGACCCAAUCCUGGAAAUGGAUUUCCCAGGUUGAGCCUAAAACGUUCAGAGCGCAGCGGAAGCCAAACACAUACGAGGAAAUCAUGCGUGUGGAGGUCAGAAGAUGAUCAGUUCCACCGAUCUGCUGUUCCUUCUUCCUUUCUCUUUGUUUGUUUGUGCUGCUUUCUUCCUGAAUGAGUCGGACAUCCCGCUGGUAUUAAUUCUUCUCGGUUGUUCAUUGAAGUUUUGAGGAGUUAGAUUCCUGUCGCAGAGAAGUCCAAAGUAAUAACAGCCUGCUGAGGUCUGUGUGUGUGUGUGUGUGUGUGUGUGUGUGUGUUCUCUCUCUCUCUCUCUCUCUCUCUCUCUCUCUCCUUUGAAGGGGCCAUACUUCCUCACAGCCUCACAUGUGGCUUCCAGUAUUGGAUUCAUUUUUAUCACAUUCUUCCCCUCUAAGACUUCAAACGCGUUGACCCCUCGCACUUUGCUUUUGACUCCUCCUUUUGAUCUGCUCGGCUCGCUCGGCUCUCCCUCUUCCCCUCGUUGUUCCUCUUCUGCUGGAAGCCCCCCGAGGGCAGAUAGGCCUGAGACGAAGCCUCAUUACUGUGAGCCUUAAUUGUGAGGAACGAGUGGCGUCGUGGCUCGUCGUGGCUCGGCGGAGCUCUGCGGCCUCCGCUGGCUGUGACUCGGGUUAAAUAACGACGACACUGAUCGGUUGGAGAAAACGUGGAGAAAAGUACGCUAAAAUAAGGACACAAACGGGUCUCCUGGGUGAAAGCGUUCGUUUGAGCAAAGCCUUCUUUUAGUUUAGUCUGCUGAGGGGGAGAAGAUGCUGGAAUCAGACGCCAUCCUGCUCACGUUUCUGCUUCUCUGUUUGGAUUUUGAAACGUCACAAGAUACACGUCUCCUACUCCGAGGUCUAGUGUGUCCGCUUCCCUCCCAGUCGUCCUCAGACAGACAGACGGACGGACUAUUUCAGGCCGUCCGCCUUAGGUUCCCCAUUAGGGCCGUCGACGCCAUCGACGGCGCGAUGACCGCCGGACGUUUUUUCCCUCAGACGAGGCGGGAAACGGACUCUCAGCGCUCCGCUGGCUCUGCAUGUUUCGCACCGCUGCCUCAUCAGACGUUUUUCCAAAAAGUCCGAAAGAGGCUCAUUGACGAACAUUUCUUCUUCUCUGUGAUGUAGAUACUCUCCUCUUCUCUCGUUGCAUUUAGACCGUGUGUGUUUGUUGCUCUCUGGACCUCAGCGGAUACAAAAACACAUCUUCCCUCCUUCCACUUCCUCCCUUCUGCUCUCGCACUCUUUUGCUUCUUCUUUCUUUUUGCAGCAGAAGCCAGUUGAUCCUUAACCAUCCGGCUCUUCGUCUGCAGGCGUGUUAUUGAGGUCCGCGAGUAUUUAUCCAUACCGAGUGAUGAGUGUUCUUAUGCCUUCCAGUCCAGUCAUUGUAUUAUAUUCUUUACAUGACAAAUGAUCAUUAAAGGAAACCCUCGUUUGGGUCCGUCGACUGUC